AGGAAACUAAGAAGUAGCUCGAGUUGAAGCAAAGAAAGAUAAAUGGCGAGCUCGCACUGCUUCCAGAACCCGCCGGAGCUGGACCCGGCCUGCGGAGGGGGCGAGGUCGUCGAAGACUUCGGCGGCCAGAAGGCCUACGUCGCCGGCUCCGCCGAGGCCAAGGCCGCCGUCGUUCUCAUCUCGGACGCCUUCGGAUUUGAAGCGCCAAAGCUGAGGGAGAUAGCCGAUAAAGUUGCUUCGUCCGGUUACUUUGUUGUGGUGCCAGAUUUCCUGCACGGGGAUCCAUACGAACCCAGUAAUCCCAAUCCUUUACAGUGGUUACAAUCACACGAUCCGGAAAAAGCAUUUGAGGAGGCAAAACCAGUUAUUGCUGCUCUAAAGGAGAAGGGGAUGCCUACUAUUGGGGCUGCAGGAUAUUGCUGGGGUGCAAAGGUAGUCGUCGAGUUGGCUAAAGCUCGUGAGAUCCAGGCUGUUGUGAUGUCGCACCCCGCGUUAGUUACUGUUGAUGAUAUCAAAGAAGUCAAAUGCCCAAUUUGCGUACUUGGAGCUGAGAUUGACCAAUUUUCCCCACAAGAAUUAGUCAAACAGUUUGAGCAUGUUCUUUCUGCAACUGCGGUUGCUCACUUUGUCAAGAUCUUUCCUGGCGUUUCGCAUGGAUGGGCUGUGAGAUACAACGACGAUGACGAAGCCGCUGUCAAGAGUGCCGAGGAAGCCUUUGCGGACAUGACCGGCUGGUUUGAUAAAUACCUGAAGUAAAGGGAAACAUGAACUAGUAGCUCUCCAGUAAUAAGCACCUGUCAGGACUUGCUAUAUACUGUAUCUUCAUACUUCAGUUAAACGUCAGUGUGACUGUGUCGGUGCUUGAGCUUGUUUUUAUAUAUCUGAUGGCUAGUGUGAUUUACGUUUAUCGACACUGGGCAGUUGCUAUUUUAGUAGCCUACCUUUGUGGUAGUAGUUCCACUGUUUUGAUAUAUGCUUGUCUGCCAUUGA